UGUCUGUUCUUCAAAGGGGGCUUUGAUAGUGAACGGCUGGCUAUUGCUAGGCAAAGAAUCCCGUACCGACUCGGUCGGGUAGUUGACGAGUGGCUACUCGACAAAGGUCGGCAGCUGACCAUCUUCAACAGCCAGGCCUUCAUUAAGGUGGGCGGGGGUGAGAAGGGCCGUAACUUCCAGGGUCAGGUCUCGGGGCUGUACUAUAACGGCCUGCAGGUGCUGAAGCUGGCGGCGGAGGGCGAUCCGAACGUUCAGGUGCAGGGGAACCUGCGUCUGGUGGGAGACGUGCCCUCCGUCAUGAGCACCGACACCACCUCCACCACACCCCUCGCAGACAUGUCCACCACCAUCAUGGAGACCACCACCACCAUGGCCACCACCACCACCCGCAGACAGCGCUCGCCCACCAUGAGAGACAGCGUCACGCAGAAUACUGACGAUCUCUUAGUAGCGUCAGCAGAAUGUCCGAGUGAUGAUGAAGAUCUCGAGGAGUGUGAGCCUGGAAACGGAGGUGAACUAGUGUUGCCAAUUAUAACUGUGGAUUCCCUUGACCCCCCAUCAAUUGUGACACAUUACCCCGUUAUUCCCCCGCCCCCGACCUAUCGCCCCUUCCUCACCUUGCUCGAGACCACCAAAGAUUCUCUCCCCUUGCCCGGCCGGCCCCCCUGUCCGCUGGACCAGGAGGACUGUGAAGAGCCCAUGGAGGUCUCGGCCUACGGCUCGGGCGAGAUGACGGAGUCCGAUGAUGAGGAUUAUUAUAAAAACUCCCCCCUUGUCACUGACCGGACUGUACUCCCCCCUCCCCCUGCAGCCGGGGACCCCCGAGGCGACCGGCCAAUCGCACGUAAUCCCAAGUCCCCUCGCCCUCCGCUCCCGUUCGCCCCCACGGCCCCCCCGGUGCCCCGGCUCAAACCCGGCAUCAACAGUGGCCCCAACAUCCCCGCGGGUAAAAUGAACACCCGUGACCAGGUGCUGCUGCCGCCCAUACAGCCGUCGGGCGACCCGGAACAUGGCGGGCGGCACCGGCAUGUCCCAGGUAUAACAUAUCCUCCCAAUUUUCCCCAUGUGCCCACUACAGACCCCUCAUCACCAGACCGAGGGCCUCCAGGAGCAGUGGAGGUGAUCCGAGAGUCCAGUAGCACGACGGGCAUGGUGGUGGGCAUUGUGGCUGCAGCCGCUCUCUGUAUCCUCAUCCUACUCUAUGCCAUGUACAAGUACCGCAACCGCGACGAAGGCUCCUACCAGGUGGACCAGAGUCGCAACUACAUCAGCAACUCGGCCACGCAAAGCAACGGAGCCCUGGUGAAGGAGAAGCAACCCGGUGCAGCCAAGAUGGGCACAAAGAGCAAGAAGAACAAAGACAAGGAGUAUUACGUCUGAGCUCGGCCUCCAGAGGGACCGAGGUGGAAGCGAGGGGGAGAAGGAGAGAGAUAGGAUGAGGAAUGGAAAGGGAGGUCCGAGUAUUUAUUGCAGUUUACCAGUCUCUUUAAUUUCCAAUCUAGCUGUAGUUUUCAUUUCCAGUAAGAGAGUAUAUGAGUUCGAAAGCACAUAGGAUUCAGAAUCACCCCCUCCCUCAUUUCCAUUUUUGAUAACUAAUCCCAAUUACCAAAAUAAAAAUUCCCUCACUUGUAAUUUAACACUCUAGUUUGUACUUUGUUAAUACUAGUCCUCAAUAUUCAUAAAAUCUCCUAAUCUGAUGUCAAAACACCCCCGUAUGCCAGGCUGAUUGGGCGACCCAUUGUUGCUCCAUUCGAGUAUUGGAUGCGGUUGAGAAUCGUUUGGGAAUGAGAGCAGUUCAGUUGGAACGGCUUGGCAUUGGUGACAUUUCAGGAACAGAUGGUGGCGAAAACGUUUAGCAGUCACACUACUCCGUAAUACUGCCAAACCAGCUCCGUGUCAAAUCCGUCUCCCUCUCUUUCCAAGUGAUUCACGUUUCCAUUCUCCCAUCCCAUCAUCCCUCUCUUUCUCUCUUUCCUCACACCCUUUCUUGGCUUGUUCUCUCUUUUUCUCCUUGGUGCUCAGGAGCAGAUGCAACGUAAUUCUGUUGUGUUUCCAGCAUGUGGUAUUCAAAAUGAAAAGAGACAAAAACUGUUCUGUGGAGUUAAACAAAUAAAUAUAUAUCUAUAUAUCAAACUGUUACAACUAGCGAAACAUCUGUGGAUGAUACCUUAAGCCCCUAGGACUCUCGGUGGCCUGCAGUCACCCUGCAUUCAAGCAAAUAUUUGUUGUGUGUUUUUGGGGUUCCCCAAGGAUCUGUCCUGGACCCGCUGAGGAUCUUGGUUUCUGCUCCACAUUUAAGAACAUGAAACCCCCAGCAGCAAAUAGAUAUAUUCAAAUACAAAGACAAAGGGACAUGAGCAACUGAAGGUCUGAUGUGCUUGAUCAUGCCAACAAACCGUAUCAGUGGAAAACAGCAGAGCAGGAUGCUAGUCUUUUGUUUUGUUUUCUAUAUGUGUGUGUGUCUGUAUGUGUGCUUUUUUAUUUAGUCACAAUGUCAAAGGGAAAAGACAAUAACGAUCCAAUUAAUGUAAAUCCCAUGUAGGGAACGUAAACUCAGCUGCGUCUUUGACCACGUUCUCUCAGGAGGAAAGAAGGUAUGAACUUUGAGCAUUUAAUGGAACGAACUCUCAAAUGAAAGACAAAAUGGCUUGUUCCUUGGAAGAUGUACAUCUUGAACUCUAGUAUUCAAAUUUUCUCAACUCUAUGAAAAGAACUAAACUCUACAUUGAAAAGAAAAUGUUUAAAACAGUUUGUGAAAUGUCUAAAUAUUUGAAUCUCAUCCCAGUGCUAAAAGAGAUGUUUUUCCUAAUUAUCAUCCGUAAGAAAAAAAAAAGAAAAACAAAAAAAGAAAGUGCAGUGAAUUGCAAAGAUCAGUGAAUCGGAUUCCAGAAAGCAGAUGCUCUUUUUAGUAUAAAACAGCAAAAUGUGAUUUGGUUUACAAGAGAACAUUUCCUUUACAGGCAGGAGAGUAUCUCCUUGUAUCCAGAAGACUUUGCUCAUCGUCAUCAUCCUCCGUUUAAAUCAUGUUGCUCGCUUUACUCAGCGUGUGGAGGGCUGUUCAUACUCCAUUCUCACUCAAUGAGGACCAGACGUCAUCAUCAUCAUUCGAUUUCACUCUUCCAUCUCUGUGUGUUUGUGUGAGCGUUUGUCUGUGUGAAUGUGUUUCCAUUCUAUCCGUUCCAGUUCAGGUUUAUUGGAUGUGUUUCUCCUCAGCUCUCUUGUUCUUUCUAAAUGUUAUUGUAGAGUGUCCCAGUGAGAUGAAUCUGCAUACGUGUAUAUUAUCAGAAGGGAAUACAAUUGGUUAUAUACUUCUUA